AUGGGUACGCGCGCAGUAAUACGUACUGGUACUAAAAAUUUAACACCAGAUUCAAAUACACCUGCAGCUACUACAAUUACAGCUACAACGACUAAUGAUGAUUCCAGUUUGUUUUUAUCCAUUGAUCCUGAAGGUUUAGAUCAGUUGAGUGACAAAGUUAAUUUCGGCGUCGAAAGUAAUGAAUUGAAAAUGAUUAAUUCUCUACCCGACACCAAUACAAAUGAUAUCGCUUAUCAUGUAUCAUAUAAACUGUCAAUUGAUGAUCAUAUAAAAUAUUCUCUAUUAACAAAUCAUUUUAAACCCGAUGAAAAAUAUUCAUUUCCAACGCUAUAUUCGGAUGAUCAUAAACAUUCCCGUCGAUUCAUGAUCAAUUGGUUAAUCGAUAAUUCAUUUCUUAUUUAUUCACCGUAUAUUGAAGCUAGUUAUUGCAUAAAUUGUGUAUUAUUUCGUAACGUACAAGGGCAAAAAUUAGAAUUAUUUGACGAUAAACCUUGUCACCGAUACGAACAUUUGAAACAUUUCACUACAUCAUUGAAAACUCAUAUGAAUUCAUAA